AUGAUUUCUAUAUUUAAAGGUGUAUAGCGCUGUGCAAGAUUUAAAGUCAAUAAUAUAUUUUAAUCAAUAAUAUAUCAAAACACUCUUUACAAAAGCAAUAGAAAACAAAGUCAUGCUUGCUAAAACUGUUAUUUAUAUUACGAUAACUAUUGCUGUUAACUUCGUUGCUUUUGGAGAUUCAGGUCACAGUUCUGGCAGCGGUUCCUCAUUUUCUAUUUCUAAGACGCAGUCAAAAAAUGAUGAGUCAAAUGAAAAUCAGUCUUCUAACAACGUUGACCAAUUUAUCCAUUGUCUUAAGGAACACGAAUUUGCUUUUGUUGACUGCUUCAGAAAUGUAGGAAUCAUCACAACAAAAAAAAUUCCAGAGAUGACAAAGAGGGAGUUCAAAGAUUUUCAAUGCGCAUUGCAGAAUUCAACUAUUUCUUGUUUCAAUCUGAAAGAUGACGUUUACUGCAAAGAUGUUGAUAAUCCUUUGCAAAAUCUCUUUACAGAAAUUACUCCAGAUUUAAACUAUAAAUGUAACACAACUGGCAUUAUCAAGACUCAGUUAGUUGAAUUCUCCAUUUAAUGAAGUACAUUUCAAAUAAAGAUUUAUAUUGUAAACAUU